AUGGUAGAGGAAGAGAAGAGAGAGAGAAAGGAAAUUGUUAAUCCCAUCGUCACGCACAGGACGAAGAGCAAGACAACGAGACCGCGCCCGGUGUACCUGUGGAACGUACUGGACGUGCAGAAGUGGCUGAGGCGUCACUGCAGCGAAUAUUAUCACAUGUACUACGAGACGUUUCUACACCACGACAUUACAGGAAAGUCAUUACUGAGAAUAAAUGAGAACAGCUUGAGACGAAUUGGUAUCGAUGAUGAUCAGCAUAGACUUGACAUAUGGAGGGAAAUUAUCAAAUUACAUCUGAAAACGGACAUGUUAGAGCUUAAGGACAUUGAGCGACGCAAUAGAAUGAUGCACCCUGAUUGA